UUUUCUUUUUCAGAGGAUGAGUAAAGCAUAAACCACACCUCCCUCUGUCGCACGCACAUUUUAUCAUUCACUUGCACUUCAAGUCCUCCUCUGUCCUCGCUCGUCGUCCUCUUUCUUCCUCCUACUCGAUCCAUCCAUCCAUCCAUCGAUGGCCUCUCUUUGUCAGCUCGCGCACAGCUCAUCCAUCAGCUCCAUCUCCAGGUCUCCACUAUAAACCGCCACACGCUUGCAAGCCAAGGUGUACCGGUCGUCUUCGAGCCGCCACCAUUAGACAGCUUCAGAAGCUAUAGGAUCAACCAGGCUGUGCAAUGGGGGCAGGGAGGAGAGGCGGCACGAGAGCGACGACGCUGCUCUUGGUGCUUCAGGUCUUGUUCGUGGCCGUGGCGAGGGCGGCGGUGGGCGGCGGCGGAGGGGAAGACGCCGGUGAGAGUUUCCUGAGGUUGUGGUCGGAUGGAGGUGAAGAAGCUGAUGGACAGCAGGAGGAUGUCUUCAAGUGGGAUGGAGAGGAAGACGAUGACGACGAUGAGGAGGAGGGCCGCAUCAUGAUGUGGGGGAAGGGGACCGGGCGGCCGCCGACGUGCCGGAACGUGGUGAACGUCGACAGCUUCGGCGCCGCGGGGGACGGCGACGCCGACGACACUGAGGCGUUCUCGAACGCGUGGAAGACGGCGUGUUCACUGGAGAACGCGGUGUUCUUGGUGCCCGCCGGCCGCCGCUACAAGGUCGGCGCCAGCACCUUCAUGGGGCCGUGCAAGCCCAAGAUGAUCAUCCAGAUCCAGGGCACGAUCGUGGCGCCGGAGGAGCCGUCGGAGUGGGACCCCCGGAGCCCCCGGCUGUGGCUCCUCUUCUCGGGGCUCGCCGGCGCCCGCAUCCAGGGCGGCGGCGUCAUCGACGGCUCCGGCUCCAAGUGGUGGGCCAACUCCUGCAAGAUCAACAAGUCCAACCCGUGCAAGGCUGCUCCGACGGCCGUGACGAUCGACUCGUGCCGCGGCGUGCGCGUGAAGGGGCUCCGCGUGCAGAACGCGCAGCAGAUGCACCUGACGGUGUACCGGUCCCGUAGCGUGCGCGUCACCGGCGUCCGCAUCGACGCCCCCGAGGACAGCCCCAACACCGACGGCAUCCACGUCGCCGAGUCCACCGCCGUCACCAUCCAGAACUGCCGCAUCGGCACCGGCGACGACUGCAUCUCCAUCGUCAACGCCAGCUUCAACAUCCGCAUGAAGAACAUCGACUGCGGCCCCGGUCACGGCAUCAGCAUCGGGAGCCUGGGGAAGGGUGGCACGUUCGCGGCAGUGGAGAACGUGGCGCUGGACACGGCACGGAUCAGCCGGGCGCAGAACGGCGUGCGGAUCAAGACGUGGCAGGGCGGCGCCGGCUACGUCCGCGGCGUGCGCUUCUCCAACGUGGUCGUCGACGACGUCGACCACCCCAUCGUCAUCGACCAGUUCUACUGCGACGCCGCCGGGGGCGCCCCCUGCCGGAGCAGCACCGCCUCCGCCGUGGCGGUCUCCGGCGUCGCGUACCGCAACAUCAGCGGCACGUCGCGGCGCGCCGACGCGAUCAGGUUCGCCUGCAGCGACGCCGUGCCAUGCACCGGCAUCGUGCUCAGCGACAUCGACCUGCGCCGCAGCGAUGACGACGGCGGCGGGGAGGUGCAGACCGUCUGCAACUGCGCCGUCGGAUUCGACUACGGCUGCGUCCGCCCCGCCGUCGACUGCCUCCGCAGCAGCACCUGCGGUGGCGCGCCCGACGACCACCCUGACCACGACGACGACAAGGAGAAGGAAGCGGCCGAGACGACGCCGGCGCCCAUUCUCCAUACCGAGCUGUGACGAGCAGCUCGAAUGUGCUCGUUGAUCAUGGCUCAUUAGAUCUCAUUCUUCGAUGCUAAUGCUUGCUGUAAUGCUGUUGCUGAGAUCAACGUACUUAGCAGUCACUUUUGACACCAAAAAGUUUGUUACUACUAAUUAGUGGAAGUAACCUUGCAUGCCGUAACUUUCAUUCUUGUUUUACCGCGUGGUGUACAAAUCUAAAA